GCCGUCGGCCUCGAAUCGGGUUUUCUUGGAUCCAGACGGCCAAGGCACCGCCAAGCUUGCGCAUACCAUGACCCUGCCGCCCAUACUCGAUCUGUAUCGCUCUAUCCGGCGGCUGCAUCGGCGGCUACCGCGAGCCCUGUCGCUCGUUGGAAACAACUACAUCCGCGAUGAAUUCCGACGACACCGCAAGGCGGAUCCAGCGUUUGUUCAAGGAUUCAGUCAAAGCUGGACCGAGUACCACGAGAUGCUCAAGAUGCAGCUCGAUGCUCAGGCCCAUGACUCCCGCCGGGUCGAUCCGAGCCCUGGGAGUCUUGGCCGGAAGCUCUCCGAGACCGAGAUCGAGGCUAUGAAUGGGCAGCAGCUAGGACAGCUGUAUGCCUUGAGGGAAGCGGCCAAGGGCGAGAGCGAGCCGAAAUCAUGAACAGCUUGGUUUUCCAAAUAGAAUGCCGACUGCAAACCCUUGCAUUGGAAGGAUGGUGGCCCGAGAAAAUAAUGCACAGCGCACUAUGACCAGCCGGCUCGGCGAUACCGGGGAGGGCACUUUCGCAUCUGUGUUCGUCAAUCGGCCGAGACCGCAGAGCGGGGCCUGCUCGUCGCUGUCCCAGCAAACAUCAAUCCAUGGGAUUUGAUACAGUCAACCCAGAACGGGACACGCUGGUUUUUUGACCAUCGAUCGAAUAUUUUGUCACCCGAGACAAAUCCGCGCUGGCCAUGGCCGUCCUGUGAUGCGAUGCUACGCCCUCAUUCAUAGCAUGAGGAAUGCUGCCUCCAUAUUUAGUGUGUCCAAGAUCGCCAUUCACCGCUGGCACUCCGAAACCAGUGUGCAGGUCGAUUGUGGAGACCGGAGAGCGGCCCAAUGACUUCACUCGGAGGC